AGGGUGCAGAAGGAGACCCACCUAUUAGGGUCGAAAUGAGUGUAAAAAGUGCUACCCAAGGACUUUGGAGGAUGUAAGAAGUUGUAGUUGGUUGGGACAACUCCAACAUAAUUUAUACCACCAGUUUCCGCCAUCUUCACAAACUUCGAUUUCUUCAAGCUCAACAGACUUGCCGCUUGUCCAAAAGCUUGCUUCUCUUUUCCCCGAAGACGCUACUGGCCAGCUGAGCCCGAAUAUUCGCCAUGACUGCAAAAGCGCCUGUGGCGGCAGAGCAUGCUCUUGUGACGUUAGUUGAAAACAAGAAGCUCGAGAAAUUUGGAUUUUACAUGUUCCGUGUAGACUACGAGGAUGAGGGCCGAUGGGAGAGAUUCGUGAACGAGUAUGAGGUCAUUUUAUACCAAGAAGUCACAUCUGCCGCCGAAUCUACUGGUCUGCACCGCAUCAAGGACAAGUUUGACAUGAUCAUCGUGGAGGAUGAGAUAACAGAUGGGGUGGGCGCUGUUGGUGUGGCAAGUACUUUUGCCAUGAUCAAAACCGAGGACGAGCUGGAGCCGGGCUAUGAUCUCAAUGUGUGCCUGCUGGCGGAUGCAGAAUGCAUCGCCUCCGUGAUUGAUCCUCGCUCAGAAUCGGAUAGAGAAACAGAGCCACCAUUUCUCAAAAUGGUGCAUGUCACAGCAUCUCGCGUGCCGACGAAAGGCAUCGCACAUGAGGGCUCAGAACACGCGAUUGUCCGCAAGGUCAACAUCUCGUCGCUGAUAAAACGACAAUUUUUAGCAUCAUAUACUUCCGAUUCAUCCAGCGCUGCUGCUGAGUAAUCCCAUCAUUCAUCUUUACA